UUAACCACUUCCCGUCUGGCCCAUGUAUAUAAAUGUCCUCCCCGCUCCCUGCUUGUGCAUGCUCCCUAGGAGCGCACUGCACCGCGAUCCGGUGCCCACUGUGUCCUCCAGGGCCGUUUAGAAACGUCCUCCCCGCUUCCCUGCCUGACACAGCAGAACACCAAUCGCUGUACAGGACCUCUGUGUGAGGUCCCGAUCAUGUGAUCACUGAUUGGCCAAUCAGUGAUCACGAGCAGAGUAGUAAACAAGAUGUCACUUCUGACAUCAUUGCUUACUACGUGUGAAAUCUGUGAAUGAUCACAGAGAUCACAUGGUACAGGGCCAUUCACAACAGCCUUGUACCAUGUGACAAGCUGUGACCAAUCACAGCUCUCUCAGU